GCUGCUACUGCCAAUAACUGGAGUGCUACUAGAAAACUUGCCAUCGCUAAAGUCUACAUACAUAACAAUGCGGAAGACUGGUUAAAAGGAACAGAAGAAGAAAUUCAGCAAUACGAUACUGGUGAUAAUGAUAAUCAAUUUAAA